AGAGAGAGAGAGAGAGAGAGACAAAGAAAGAGGGAGACAAGUGCGCCUUAAUUCCGUAUUUGCAAGGGCAGAUCUUCGCUGGCGACAAAAUGUCGUGCAACUACGCUGACGGUCUGUCGCCUUACGAAGACAAAGGCGUCUUAGGACUGGAGGAGAAAUUUGAUACCGAUGAGACACUCAGACUGAAGUGUGAGCUACUAGCUGACUGGAUUAAAGGAGCACGGCAUGUAGUUGUUCAUACAGGUGCAGGAAUUAGCACUGCUGCUGGAAUUCCAGAUUUUCGUGGUCCAAAUGGAGUAUGGACUUUGGAACAAAAGGGUUUGAAACCCUCUUCAAGUGAAUCAUUUGAUGAAGCAAUACCUACAAAAACACACAUGGCUUUAAAGAAACUUAUUGAUGCAAAUAAAGUUAAAUUUAUUAUAAGUCAAAAUAUUGAUGGAUUACAUCUUCGCUCAGGAGUUUCAAGACAAUAUUUAGCAGAAUUACAUGGAAAUAUGUUUGUUGAACAAUGUGAUAAAUGUGGAAGACAGUUUAUUCGAAACUUUGCAACUAAAAGUGUUGGAAAAAAAUGUUUGGAAACUGUGUGCCGAUCAGAACAAAUUGGUGGUAGACCUUGCAGAGGAAAAAUGCAUGACACAAUUUUGGAUUGGGAACAUAAUUUACCUGAUAAUGAUCUUGCAUUAUCCGAUCUUCAUUCAAGUGUUGCUGAUUUAAGCGUAUGUUUGGGAACAACACUACAAAUUAUACCAAGUGGAAAUUUGCCUCUUUACACAAAAAAGUAUGGUGGACGUCUAGUUAUAUGCAAUUUACAACCAACUAAACACGAUAAAAAAGCAGAUUUAAUUAUUAAUGGCAAACUCGAUGAUGUUAUUGAAAUGGUAAUGAAAAAUUUGGGUCUGGAAAUUCCAGAGUAUGAAAGUUCUUCAGAUCCAACAAGAAAUACUGAUAUAAAUUCACGUGAAAUGGACUGGACGAUACCAACAAGUAGAAUCAAAGAAAUGAAAAUAUUGUAUAAAAAAGUUUGUACACCAGUCAAACGAAAGCGUCGAGCGACAUUUAUGUAUGAACGUGAAAUAACAAAAUACACGCCUAAGCGUAAAGAUAAAAAACAAGACUUUACAGUUAAAAAGGAAGAAAUUGAUAACGGUUCUUCCUUAAGCAACUUCAACAUCGAAGAGAACAACGCAAAUAAAGAAACAGUAACGAAAUUAGAGCCAUCGAAUGAUGACUCUAAUGAGGCUACAACGUGCAUAGACGUACCAGCUGAGGAUAACAACGUUACGUAGUGAAAUAUAUAAAGAAAAAAAAAUGAUAUAUGAUUAUUACAUUAUAUUUCUUAAACGCAACAAAUUAGUUUAUAUGUGCGUAAUAUGUCGUUGUAAUCGUGCACAAAAAAUUUUAAGCGUAAAAAAGGAUGUAAAUGUUUAUUCGAAAAAGAUAAUGCGAUUAAUGACUAUGCUUUUAAUUAAAAUUAUAUUAAAAAAUUA